UAAAGAUCGCAAUUUAAUUUAUGUUCACCAUAUAUUUUUGUUUCUCUUUUAAGAUACUUUUACCGCUAUGGUUAUUUCCUUUCUUCGAUUCAUCAGUCCCUUGAUAUUUGUACUAGGAACCUCAACAAUAUUUGCAGAUUCAUUCUCAAGCAAUGUUACUGAUCAACAAUCUUUGCUUUCUUUUAAAACUGCAGCUGACACAUUGGGUGUGCUGAAAUCAUGGAAUAACUCCGUCCACUUCUGCCGGUGGGAGGGCAUUACAUGCAGCCGUAGACGACAGAGGGUAACCGCAUUAGUCCUUCCCAAUCAUCAACUGGGGGGUACAUUGUCUCCUCAUAUCGGAAACCUCUCCUUUCUCAGAGUACUUUACAUCUAUCAAAACGACUUUCAUGGCUCAAUCCCAAGUGAAAUUGGUAGACUAUUUCGACUACAAAGCCUUUCUUUUGGAAACAAUUCUUUUCAAGGUGAAUUUCCCGUGAAUAUGAGUCAUUGUGUAAAUCUGGAAUUCAUUAAUGGGUUUCACAACGCUCUGCAAGGAAAUGUACCAACCGAGCUAGCAUCUUUGCCUAAGCUUAAUCACCUUGAUCUUGGAAACAAUCAUUUUACCGGGUCAAUUCCACCUUCAAUAGGAAAUUUCUCAUCUCUCCGUACUCUUGAUCUCCGCAGUAACAAUCUAGAGGGGGGCAUACCAUUAGAAAUUGCUCAUCUUGCAAACUUAGAGGUGCUUGAAUUGGCAACAAACAAUUUAUCGGGUAUGGUUCCCUCACCAAUUUAUAACAUUUCAUCCCUUGAGGAGGUUGGUCUAAACCAAAAUGGCGGGCUACGAGGAACGCUUCCAGCAGAUUUGGGCUCGACCCUUCCCAACCUGCAACGAUUCUACGUUGGAGGUAAUAGAUUUUGGGGGCCUUUUCCACUGUCAAUAGUUAAUGCGUCAAAUCUUGUUGAUCUUGCCAUUUCACAUAACCAUAUAACUGGCCCUUUACCAAUGAAUUUUGGAAGCCUGUCUCAUCUUGAAAUAUUAAAUCUAGGUGACAAUCCACUUGGAGAUAAUCAAUCACUCAAUGGUUUGAGUUUCUUCAACUCUUUGGUCAAUUGUACCCAUCUCAAACUAUUGUCCUUCCUCCGAUCUGGUUUAAGUGGAGAAUUCCCAAAUGCAAUUGUAAAUCUCUCUACCAGUAUAGAGAUACUAGUUUUAAGCGAAAACCACAUACACGGAAUGAUACCGUAUGGGAUUGGAAACCUUGUGAACUUGAGAAUGUUUAGUAUGUAUACCAACUUCUUGACAGGGACCAUUCCAAAAUCAAUUGGAGAGUUGUCGAAGUUAGGCAAACUAUUUUUGGGUGAAAAUAAUAUCUCUGGAGGUAUUCCUAUUUCCAUUUCCAACAUCACUCAAUUGAGUGUUCUUUAUUUAGAUACCAAUAAGUUUCAAGGAAGCAUACCUACUGAAUUGUUUAAUAUCUCAACUUUAGAGCAACUGUACCUUGCUAACAAUGAACUCGAAGGUGUAAUACCUGAGCAAAUUGCAGGAAUUUCUUCCCGGUGUGUUUUCCUUUAUUUGAACAACAAUCUGUUCACAGGACCACUACCUUCCAGCAUAGGAACCAUGAAACAGUUAGUUAAUCUAGAUGUGUCGAACAACAGAUUGACCACGCAUAUACCAGCAACUUUGGGUGAUUGUGUGAUGCUGGAGGAGCUUUCUAUGGAAGGAAACCUUUUCGAAGGUAGGAUUCCAUAUUCUUUCAAAGCUUUAAAAAGCCUUGUUCUUCUAGAUCUUUCAAACAAUAGUAUCUCCGGACGUAUUCCAGACUUUUUUGAUGGGUUUCAUUUAUUCCAAUUCCUCAAUUUAUCACACAACAAGCUUGAAGGUGAAGUGCCGAAAGAAGGUGUGUUUUCGAACGUCAGUGCCUUUUCGGUCAUUGGAAAUUUACAGCUUUGUGGAGGUAUUCGAGCAUUACAAUUGCCUUCUUGUCCUGAAACAGUAUCAAAGAGCAAGAAAAGUAGAUAUCCCCUGAGGACAUUAUUCCUUAUAGUUCUUCUCCCUGUUGUUGUCUUGUUAACAUGUCUUGCCUUCAUUCUAUAUCGACAACGAAGAUCCAAACAAAUGAAUGUUCAUGUCCCGGUAUUGCAAGAAAGCCUAUACCUCAGGCUUUCAUACCAAGAUCUUCUGCAAGCCACAAAUAAUUUUUCCCAAGACAAUUUGCUAGGUGCAGGAAGAUAUGGUUCGGUUUACAAAGGAGUUGUUGAAUCUUUAGAACACAGUGUUGCUGUGAAGGUACUCAACAUUGAAGUACGUGGUGCAGCGAAGAGUUUUUUGGCAGAGUGUGAAACACUGAGAAACAUUCGUCACCGGAAUCUCAUCAAGAUCAUCACAGCAUGCUCCAGCACUGAUUUUAAUGGCAAUGACUUCAAGGCACUGGUCUUUGAGUUCAUGACAAAUGGAAACUUAGACAACUGGUUACACCCAAGUCCUUCCGGCCAAGGGAAUGGUAGAAACUUGACUCUACUCCAGAGACUAAAUAUAUCCAUUGAUGUUGCACAGGGGGUGGAUUACUUGCACCACCACAGUCACUCAAGUAUCAUUCACUGCGACAUAAAGCCGAGUAAUAUUCUUCUUGAUGAGGAAUUUGUUGCUCAUGUUGGUGAUUUUGGUUUGGCGAGAUUCUCCUUUCCUGCUAGAGAUGAUGUGAAUGGACUAAUGAGUUCAAAUAGUGCAUGUGGAACAGUUGGAUAUGUCCCGCCAGAGUACGGAGUGGGAGGGGAGAUAUCCAUAAAGGGGGAUGUGUAUAGCUAUGGAAUUCUUUUGCUAGAAAUGUUUACAGGGAAACGGCCAACAAGUAGUAGCAUAACAAUGGACAACUGUGAUAAUCUUCACAAUUAUGUGAAGAAGGCACUUCCGCAAAAUGUAAUAGACAUUGUUGACCCGACGAUCGUACUAGAUCAAGAAGACCGCGGUUUGCAUGCACGUCAAACACACAGCAGGGCAAGCAUAGAGGAGGUAUGCUUGACUUCAAUAUUUGAAGUGGGGAUAUUAUGUUCGAAAGAAAUGCCAAGAGAACGCAUCGACAUCAGUGUUGCCAUUAAACACUUGAAUGUGGCAAGAGAAAACUAUCUGCAGCAGCACAGUCACCUGCGCGAAAUACCAGUGUGAGGCUUUCAAUUUGGCUAGCUCCGCUUACGUUGAGGGAGGUUCAGGCUGCAGUACGGGGAGAGUUGGCGGAGCAUGCUGUCUCCAUGCUGUUGCUAAGUUGACAAAGUUGUUAUGGUUUGUGUUAUCUAGAGAGAGGUG